AUGUAUAUAGACGCGUUCAAACGGAUCCUCUUUGAGCGGCUCAACUGCUUGAAAAGAAUGUGUGUGUGUCAGCGCCACGGCAGCUCAUUUGCCAUGUCUAAGACGAAUGUGAGGAAGCAACACUGGCGUUCCAGGAUGCAGGAUACCUUCGUCCCCUUGAUAGGCUCAUCGGGGGAGCUCGGCGUCGCCGUCGGAGGAGGGGCUGAUUACGGAGAGUUCCCUUUUGUCACGGCCGCCCCGGGGGAUGGACUCACUGUGGGCGACAUCAUCCUGGAGAUCGGCGGAACGCCUGUACUGGGGAUGACUUUGGGAGAUGUGCGCGGGGUGCUCAACUCCUGCCCCCGUCCUGUCCGCAUCAAAACUGUGUCGCCAGGCACCACAUUGUGCAAGGAUCUCAGGUUGUAUCUGAGUAAGUGCUUCACACCCGGCUCAGUGGACAGCACACUUCAGCAGGUCAUCCGAGAGAACCUUUACCUCCGAGCUGUACCUUGUACGACCAGACCGCCUAGAGAGGGAGAGAUCUCCGGGACAGACUAUAACUUUGUCUCCGUUGAGGAGUUUUUUUCUCUGGAGGAAUCAGGUGCGCUGCUGGAGAGUGGCAAAUUUAAAGGGAAUUACUACGGCACGCCUCGCCCCGUUCACAUCAGCACCGACAGCCCCCCCAUCACGUACCAGGAGCACCGCAAGCUCCUCAGAACCUUUCGCACGCGCAGCAAGUCGCUCAGCAACCUGGAGAAAGCUGUGGCCGAAGCAGAGCACGGUGACGAUGACCUGGGCCUCCCGGGUGGACAUCGCUUACCUGGGGAGCACCGGGCAUCAAACGGUGGGGUCGGUUGCGUCUUGGAAAACGGGUUUGUCGGCAACAGGGCCGUAGCCAGAGGGAGAGGUGUCAUGGCAGAUCAUUGGGAGCAGGCCUUCAGCGACCCGGGCGAGUGUCACUACAUAGACCACAAGACGACCAGCUGGCAGAGUCCUCGCGCUCCGAGCAGGGAGUCGGUCUACCAAAAUGAAUGGUUCACAGAGUAUCCAGAGGAGCUUCAGGGUUUUCUUGUGCGCACACAUUUGAUCAAGGGCUCCAGGGGCUUUGGCUUCAACAUUGUUGGAGGCAGUAAGCCAAGAGAGUUCCUUCAGGUCUAUAGUGUGACUUCAAGUGGACCCCCGGACCUCAAGACAGCGGACAUUCUGGUGUAUGUCAAUGACAUUUGUGUGUUGGGAGUGUCUCACAAGAAGGUGGUGGAGAUGCUCAAGUCAAUACCCGUGGGCCACAGUGUGGAUAUAGAAGUCAGAAGAGGAUACCCCAUGCUAUACAACCCCGACGGGUGCCCCAAACAGACCCCCUGUGAGGACCCCAUCCUACUUCCCACCACCUCGCAGCCUGAGCCUCUUCACCAUUUAUCUCGCCGCCCGACGCCCACUCCCCAGAUCCAUCACUUUAACGGGCUCCACAGCGAUUACAUGGAGCCCGGCGUGAUUCUUGACGCCAAUGGAAAUGCCACUGCCUUUGCCAGCAGACAGUCCUCAUUGAGACGCUCCAGUUUGAGCAACACUGCCUCUCCACCCCUUACACGUCCGCCACGUUCCUUGAGAAGUAUAGCCCGACUACAGUCACUUGACCCGACGCUGGCCAGCCAGAGUGACAGUGAAGUUGUCUCUGCUAUCGGUUCACACAGGGCAUCAAUGAUUCGUAAUCACAACAACAACUCCCUGUCCACACCCCAACAUCCUUUACGUUAUGGCACAUCCACCAAGUCAUCGGAGAGCGACCUAUCCACUUGCACGCUGCCCAUGUCCCGCCUGCCCCUGCCUCAGUCCCCCAAAAGGCCCUCGUCCUCCUCGGGCGGCUCCCGCAGCGCUCACGCCCGCCUCUUCAGACCGCAGCCCUCUCACCUCCAACCUCCUCUGACACCCGAGAGCCCCCAUCACCGGAGCUUAAACGGUUUUCACGGCAAAUGCAGCCCGACGGCCAGUCCCAGCAAGAUGUCGUCUCCUGGCUUACUGGGGGCGGGCGGUGGACUCGGCGGCUUCAGCGGAGGGGAGUUGGUGCCGGUGGCUUUGGCGCAAAGUGAAGCAGACAGAGGCCUGGGUUUCAGCAUGAUGGCAAGUGGGCCAGGGGGCGGGAUGACCGUCGUCAGGAGAGUCUGGGACAGGAAGCAGUGCAACGCUCUACAGCCAGGGGAUGCUAUUGUCAAAAUAAAUGGCGCUGACGUCCAGAGUCUUAGCCUUGCUCAGGUACAAACAAUUCUUCAGGAGCACACCAAACAGGGAGAAGUUAUCCUGUUGGUGUACAGGGGAGGUAUCUACCAAUCCAACAUCUCCCCCGGCAACGUUCGGAGACUACCCCCUCCUCGGCUUUGCCCACCUCCCCCACCUGGUGGCUCGAACAACAGCGCCAAUCACACUGAUGCCUUAUCUGUGCCCCGUACUUCAAUCGGCACCCCGCCAUCCCCGGCCCAGAUACGUUCCUCGCUGAUCCAGAGCACCAGCUUCUUGGAGUCAAUUCCGGUCACUCUGACCAUGGAGCCCAAGGACUGGAUCAGUGCAGGCCUUCAGGAUGACACCGGCAGAGCCACAGAACCAGCUUCAGGCCUGGAAAUGCGAGAAGAAGAGAGGGCCCGACCCCUGAGAGGGUUCGAUGUGGAGCUGAGGAGAAAGCCAGGGCAGGGAUUCGGCUUUGUCAUCGCUUCUCAGGAUCUGGAGAACAUAAAAGCUGCAUCUCUUCUGCCGCACCGCUUUGUGACAGUGCGCCGAGGCAGCCCGGCCGCCAAGAGCGGUCAGGUCCGGCCCGGAGAUCGAUUGGAGGCCGUGGAAGGACGCUCAGUGGUGACUCUGCCUCACCACGAGCUCGCGCAGAUCCUUCGCCGUGCAGGAAACACUCUACGCCUCACCAUUGUCCCCCGGCCCAGCACCUACUCGACAAGCCUUUCAGAACCCACUGAGCAUGACCUCGGGAACAGAAGCAGAAAGGGUCAGAGGUCGCGUCCCAAACGUGAUUCCAGGUAUUACAGUGUCAACUUGGAACGGGGCCCGUCAGGAUUCGGCUUCAGCCUCCGAGGGGGCAGUGAGUACAACAUGAGCCUCUACGUCCUGGGGCUGAUGGAGGGAGGGCCCGCUUCACGCAGCCAGAAAAUACAGGUGAGUGACCAGCUCGUGGAGAUCAAUGGCGACAGCACGGCGGGGAUGACCCACAGUCAGGCGGUGGAGCAGAUCCGCAGAGGAGGCCACCGCAUCCACCUGGUCCUCAAGAGAGGAAACGGAUAUGUGCCAGACUAUGGCCAUGAGCACAGAAUCACCUCCCCCUCCCGCCUGCGUCACCCCAAGGAGCAGGGUAUGGCUGCAGUAGACACCAGAAGGGAGAGGGGGCACCGCUCCAAGCAGAAGAGGAGAAGCAGGUCUUUGGACAGGCGGGACAAAGGGACAGGAAGGAGGCGAAGGCAGGGAUCCGGAGGUCGCUCGGCAUUGCGUAGCCCCAAAUCUGAGCCCGAGAAAGGAGAGAGCUCUCGGAAAAGAGCGUCUCGGAGUUUACCCAGAGAAGCCCCGCCGACCGAUGACAGCCAUGCAGGGAGGGUGAGGAGAGGGGAGAGAGGGAGGAGCAGAGAGAGAAAAGAGGAGAAGGUGGAAGUAGCUCCUGUUGAGGAGAGGCCGGAGGAAAAGGCCCAAGAGGUAAAGGAAGAGCUAGAGAGAGGAGAAAGCAAAGAGGAAGCUGUGCUGCCGAUUCCGAGUCCUUACAAAAGGCUUCCCUGGCCCAAAGAGGAGCGCGAGGAGGAGCCAGAUGAGAAGUGGGAAGUGGCAACAGGCUACCGUCAGAUGAAGUGGCUCCAGGGCUUGCUGGACGAUGAUGAUGAUGAUGAUGAUGAUGAUGAUGAUGACGACCAGUGUGAAGAAAGGCUCCAAGGGUUUGAGGAAGAUCAGAGUGGAGGUGAUGCACAAGAGGCACCAACAUCUAGUGACGCCGUGACGUUUUCCGUCCCUCAAAGGAAGCCUUUCUCCUUCCUCGCUUCCGCGCUUUCUGUAAAUCAGCUGAGGGAGGAUGAGUCAGACUCCGGAGGCAGCCAAUCAGACGGCAGCGUGUCUGCCGCCAGCAUCUCCGGCCUUUCUGCGGAAGCGGCCAGGCGCGGGGCCGUGGCGCUGCCGGGCCUUUGGCUCACUCCCAGCCGGCAGAGAGUGGCUCAGGACGUUGUGGAGAACGGGCUGUCUUUGGGGCGGAACGGGCCAGGAAGCAGAGAGGAGUAAGGAUGCCUCUUGACUGCAACAGGAAGUUAUAUGUAACAGAAUAAUCCAGAACAAUAUUCCCAGUGGUUCCCAACUAUUGCUGAGCCAAGGCAAAACACUGCUGACAAAAAAGGUUGUAUUGGGCUUUCGGGGGAAAUUUCUGGAUGAACCUAAAAUGCACUAUAACCUAUACAGGUGAACAUAAUUUGACGUUCUCAAAACUUACACACGUCCAAAAGUUCAAUGUCAUAACAUCAUAAUUUUGAAUCGCCUCAAAAACCAGUGGCCGCAUCAUCGGACCAUCAGCCGUCCAUGAAAACUAGCUGCCCAACCCCGCACGUUGUGCAACAGUCCAGUCGGGUACAAACGUAUCAUUCGGUGUGCAGCGGCCUUAACAUGGAGAUGAAUUGUUGAAGAAAAAAAAAACUGACCCAAAAAAAACA